CAUAUCUAUGAUAUUCUUGUACAAAUUGAGAGACAUGGAAACUAAAACUAUUAGCCCUUGUUCAAUAAACCUUCUCAUCACAUUUCUUCUUUCUUGUCUUCUAUUAAUAUCAAACAUCCAAAGCUCUGUAGCGGCAACACCCGUUACCACCACCAAAACUUCUAAAACGGUCUACAAAAACUACCUGAAAACAGCUUGUAAUACCACCACAUACCCGAAGCUCUGCUACAACUCCCUUUCUCCUUACACUUCCACGAUCAAAACCAAUGACCUAAGUCUUUGUAACACCGCUUUGACCAUAACCGUAAAAGUUGCCAAGAACACUUCUGGGUUGAUAAAAGAACUGUCGAAAAGGAAGGGAUUGAGUAAGAGUGAAGCUGCAGUGAUAAAAGAUUGCAAGGAUGAAAUCUCUGACAGCAUCGAUGAGCUCAAGCAAGCAAUAAAGGCAUUGGCCAGUCUAAAGAGUUCUAAUAGUACGGCAUAUGUGAUUGAUGAUAUAAAAACGUAUGUUAGUGCAGCCAUAACUAAUGAUUAUACUUGCCUGGAUGGAUUUGAAGGGAUGAAGGUAAGCGCUUCUUUGCAGAGCAAGAUCAAGAAGAGUGUAACCAAUUUUGCUAGUCUUACUAGCAAUGCUUUGGCACUCAUUAAUAAACUAGAAUACUAAAUCAGUUACCUAUAAUUCUCUUCUUUUUUUCCUUUUAAUUUUUUUUAAAGAAUGUUUUCUAUCUUUUGGUAUACGGCUGUAAUUUAUAAAUAAUAAUAAAAAUAUUUGA